AUGGAAACCAUUGAUAUUCAGAAUAGAUCAUUCGUUGUACGAUGGGUCAAAUGCUCUCAUGGAGACACUAUCAAUUAUCAGGUGAAACCACUGAAAAAAUCUAUUGAUUUAGGUAUAUAUAAAAAACUGAAAACUAGCAUAGAUGACCAAACACCAGCGGUACACAUUGCCGCAGAUACCAAAGCUGCUUUAGAUUUCACUAACAAAGCAGUUUUACAUAGAAAUAACUCGAUCAGUUCAAACAGUGACUCCCAUUCUAGAAGCUCAUUGUCCAUUGCUAAUAUACAACAACAAUCACAAGAAAAACCAUUACGAGAUCGUCUACAGGCAUCUGGGUUUACACUGGUAAAAUGGGUCGGACAUAUACCCGGAAAUAAAAUGUAUCAAGGUAACGUCGAAGUUAUGGACUCUGAUUAUUAUUAUGCAUUUAUAUUGGAUAACAUAGCUUCAAAAAAUGUUAAAAAGAAAAUUUUAUUCAAUGCCAGUGCAAUUCAAACAGAUAACCAAUCUGUUCAUAGCACGAACUCUGGAUCAUCUCCUUUAUUAAGUUCGUUAAAUUCUUCACCAAAUCAAAGAGAUUCUGUAUUUGUAGUUGGCCAAGGCAGAUAUAUUCAAGGGUAUCUAUUGAAAAAGAGAAGGAAGAGACUACAAGGCUUUAAAAGAAGAUUUUUCACAUUAGAUUUUAGAUACGGUACAUUAUCUUAUUAUUUAAAUGAUCAUAAUCAAACACGUCGUGGUGAAAUUGUAAUCAAACUAUCAACUGUAAGCGCCAAUAAAAAAGACAGACUAAUCAUCAUUGAUUCGGGUAUGGAAAUAUGGGCCCUUAAGACUAGAGAUGUCAAUUGUUGGCAAACAUGGGUGCAGGCAUUGCAAUCCUGUUUUGAGCAGGACGACAAUUCUGAUGAUUUAUUAUCAGAUGGCUUGUCUAACAGUAUGAGCGAAAACGAUGGAACUAUUGUGACUGCAAAUGACGUAAUAAGUGAACGAUUGAGUAGGAUUUCGAAAGGUCAGAAAGGAGAUUUGAUACCAAGACCUUCUUCAAGACUAACUGACAUUACGUCAUAUAUUCCUCUACCGAACGAAGCAUACGAGGAUUUCAGUUCGAAUCUUCUAAUUAUUCAACAAAGAUUAGAACAAUACAAGAAUGAUUCUUUGUCAUAUACUCCUUUGGAUCCCGAACCAACUUUUGGCGAGAUAAGACGUUCGAAUUCGGCUUCUUCUUCGUUAAGAGGUCAUGGUAGAAUGAGAGGGAUGACAUCUGCUUCUCCUAUGGAUUCUGCUGAGUCUCUGUUAAAUCCGUCUGAUUCAGCUAUACCAGAAACAAUUACAAACGAACAUGACUUAUACAAUAACCUUGCAGAACUGGAGAGCCUUUUUAACCAAUUUGUUAAACAGAGUAAAGUUCUAUAUAGAGAUCAUAAUAUUCUUACCAAACAAAUAAAUGGUAAAAGGUUAUCUAUGAGCUCUUCAAUGAGUGAUGAUGAUAUGUUUUAUGAUGCUGAAGAUAAAAGUACGUUGGGUGUGAUCCUCUUAGAUGACGAUGAUGCCGAAGAUGCUACCCAAAUAUGCCAUACCAGGAUCCUUGGUUCAAAUGUUAUAGAAUCUGAAGAAGUAAUACUAACAGAACGACAAAUAAGUGAUUUCCAGUUAGGUCCAGAGUUAAAAAACAUAUUAAGCCCAAUUGCUUCUGGAAAGCUUCCUGAAAACAUGACUGAAGCAGUUAUAAUUAAUAAUUUAUAUCCUUUACCACUCCUUCCUGUUCUUCGUAGGAAUGAUGUGACCGCUUGCAACUCUACACCUCAAAGUUUAUUAUCUUUCCUAAGAAAAAACGUUGGAAAAGAUUUAACAUCCAUUACAAUGCCAGUCACUUCUAAUGAACCUAUUUCUAUCUUACAAGCAAUCUCUGAAUCCUUCGAAUAUGCACAUAUGCUUCCCCAAUUGGCCGACCAAAAUUCUCCAUUUGAGCCACUUGCUAUUGUUUCCGCAUUUGCGAUAUCUUCCCUGUCCAUAUAUAGAGAUAGGACCAGAUCUCUUCGUAAACCUUUCAAUCCAUUAUUAGGAGAAACAUAUGAACUAGUUCGUGAAGAUAUGGGCUUUAGAUUGCUAGGGGAGAAAGUGUGCCAUAAGCCUCAAAUAUUUGCCUUCCAUGCAGAACAUGAAGACUGGGAGUGCAGUUAUACCGUUACACCAGUCCAAAAGUUUUGGGGUAAAUCUAUUGAACUAAAUAAUGAAGGUACAUUCGAACUUAAAUCCAAAAAAUCGGGGGAGUAUUUCGAGUGGGUUCAACCAACAACUAUAGUAAAGAACUUGAUUGCUGGGGAAAGAUACGUGGAACCAACUAAUGAGAUUGAGGUUAUUUCAUCAAGAAGUGGGAAAGCUACUAUUUCCUUUGAGAAGACAGGUAUGUUUAGUGGCAGAUCAGAAAACGUUAUAGUUGAUAUCACGUCCAGUAGCAAAUCUGGUAAAAACCAGAGUAUAACUGGUAAGUGGACGGAUUCAUUAAAGGACAAAAAAUCUGGAAAAACUAUAUGGAAGGUUGGCGAAACAGUCAAAAAUCCUAAACAGAAAUAUGGUUUUACCAAAUUUACGGCUAAUUUGAAUGAAAUUACUUCUAUUGAAAAGGAUAAACUACCACAAACAGAUUCACGUUUACGUCCUGACAUUAGAUUCUAUGAAGAAGGAAAAGUUGAUGAAGCAGAAACCUGCAAAUUAAAUCUUGAACAAAAGCAGAGGGAACGACGUCAAAAUGGGAAGGAUGUUACACCAAGAUAUUUCAGAAAAAACACAGCCAACAAGUGGGCGUACAUAGAUGGCCCUGACAGCUACUGGGAAAAGAGAAGACGUCAAGACUGGAGCAAUUCUCCGAAGUUGUGGUAA